AUGCCUGUCACAAUCAAAUGUGUGUCGAUUAAUGCACAGGGACUCAACUCCCCCUCCAAACGGCACAGUCUUCUGAGAUGGGCCUACAAGCUUAAAACAGAUAUACUUUUUGUGCAAGAGACCCACUUCACUACCCAGAGAACAUUCACCCUAACCAAUAGAUACUACAACCGAAGCUAUCUCGCAAGCUCGCCAAACACAAAAACAAAAGGGGUGGCCAUUCUCAUACGCUCAUCUUGCCCCAUAACAGGCAUACACAGCACCGCAGACCCCCAAGGCCGCUUUCUCACUAUAACGGGCUACAUAGGGACCAAUCAAUACGCAUUUAGUACCAUAUAUGCCCCGACCACGUCAGACCCUAAUUUCUGGCCUUUAUACUCGACACACCUACGGGCGUACACCAAC